AUGCAAUUUUGGCAAGAAGCAUUAACAGUUAAAAGACCGGAAAAAACUAAUCAACUUGCCCAAAGAUAUUGUGAAAGUUCCAAUAACUACAUUACUUAUCCAAAGGAUUCUGUUUGUAUUGAAUCACGAUGCCAAAUUCAAGCAAAAUGUGGUCAUGUCGAUGUCCCAAAUGAAUAUUCAUCUGAAUGUUCAGAGAAGUACAAUGGAAGGUUGCAUAGAUUAUACACUAACGGGAGUGGAGUUCCAUCUGCCGGUUAUGUCCUACUUUUUGACGGUUAUCAAACAAGGAGCUGUAACGUAAACGUAGCAGCUCAUGCGGGAUCUUGUUUAAUGGAUCUAGAUACAGACAGACCAAUUCUUGGAUAUGUUAAUGUAUGUCCAGGUAAACUGAAAAUUGAAUAUCCUGAGAAUAGAUAUUCACUUGGAAUUUUCACUCAUGAAAUUGCUCAUGCACUUGGAUUCUCAUCAUCUAGUUUUGCAUUUAUGCGCUUUCCUAAUGGAACUGAACGAACUCCCAGAGAUCAUUGGCACAAACCGAUUCACAGGGAUAAACAAGGUUAUUAUAUACCAAGCGACAAUACAAUGAUCAAAAUUACAAGGGAAUGGGAAAGUGCAGAAGGAAUGUUUAGAAAGGAUUUUUACUCUUUCGUUACACCAGCCAUCUUGGGAGCUGCAAAAAAGCAUUUGAAAUGUGCACGUUUAGAUGGAGUUGAUUUAGAAAAUCAAAAACAUCGUGGACCAAUUAGUUCUCAUUGGGAAGGGAAAACAUACGGAAAUGAAUUAAUGACUGGAAGAAUAGAAGUAGACUAUGCUGUAUCUAAUAUGACUUUAGGUUUUUUUGAAGAUUCAGGAUGGUACAUCGUUAAUUAUGGAAAAGCUAUGAUUUGGGAAUAUGGUAAAAAAUUAGGAUGUGACUUUGCUGAAAAAAGUUGUUACGCAUUUGCUGAAAGUAAAAGACGAAAGAACAAAACAAUUCAUCCAUUCUGUGAUCAAGUUAAUUUAGUAACAUGUCGGGAUUUAUAUUCAUAUGGAAUAUGCCGUAUUAUUAAAUAUAAUCAUGAAAUUCCCCCUGAAGAUCGUUUUUUUAAAACUCCUCCAUUUGAAACUCCAUUUGGAGCUAAAUACUUUGGAGGUGAUGAUCUAUUUAAAGAUUAUUGUCCAACUCAAACUUUUACAACGAUCCAUCAUCAUCAUCAUCAUCAUCAUCAUCAUCAUCAUCAUCAUCAUCAUCAUCAUCAUCAUCAUCACAUCAUCAUCAUCAUCAUCAUCAUCAUCAUCAUCAUCAUCAUCAUCAUCAUCAUCAUCAUCAUCAUCAUCAUCAUCAUCAUCAUCAUCAUCAUCAUCAUCAUCAUCUCAUCAUCAUCAUCAUCAUCAUCAUCAUCAUCAUCAUCAUCAUCAUCAUCAUCAUCAUCAUCAUCAUCAUCAUCAUCAUCAUCAUCUCAUCAUCAUCAUCAUCAUCAUCAUCAUCAUCAUCAUCAUCAUCAUCAUCAUCAUCAUCAUCAUCAUCAUCAUCAUCAUCAUCAUCAUCAUCAUCUCAUCAUCAUCAUCAUCAUCAUCAUCAUCAUCAUCAUCAUCAUCAUCAUCAUCAUCAUCAUCAUCACAUCAUCAUCAUCAUCAUCAUCAUCAUCAUCAUCCUCAUCAUCAUCAUCAUCAUCAUCAUCAUCAUCAUCAUCAUCAUCAUCAUCAUCAUCAUCAUCAUCAUCAUCAUCAUCAUCAUCAUCAUCAUCAUCAUCUCAUCAUCAUCAUCAUCAUCAUCAUCAUCAUCAUCAUCAUCAUCAUCAUCAUCAUCCUCAUCAUCAUCAUCAUCAUCAUCAUCAUCAUCAUCAUCAUCAUCAUCACAUCAUCAUCAUCAUCAUCACAUCAUCAUCAUCAUCAUCAUCAUCAUCAUCAUCAUCAUCAUCAUCAUCAUCAUCAUCAUCAUCAUCAUCAUCAUCAUCAUCAUCAUCAUCAUCAUCAUCAUCCUCAUCAUCAUCAUCAUCAUCAUCAUCAUCAUCAUCAUCAUCAUCAUCAUCAUCAUCAUCAUCAUCAUCAUCAUCAUCAUCAUCAUCAUCAUCAUCAUCAUCAUCAUCAUCAUCAUCAUCAUCAUCAUCAUCAUCAUCAUCAUCAUCAUCAUCAUCAUCAUCAUCAUCAUCAUCAUCAUCAUCAUCAUCAUCAUCAUCAUCAUCAUCAUCAUCAUCAUCAUCAUCAUCAUCAUUUAGGUUCUUUGUUCACAGAAUACAAUAUCAAAUGUUCUGUGUUUGUGAACAUAGAUUUACUAAUAUUUUGUUUAUUUUACUACAAAUUAAGAAUGUUUUUAGAUACCUUUUGAAAUUUAUUUCAAUAUCAGAUGGCGUUAAUCGUUUUUACCAAACAUAUGGAACAAAGGCACUUUGUACAGAACAUCGAGGUAAUUGGAUUUAUAAGGACUAUUAUGAGGAGGAAAUAAGUAGUAAUGUGCAAGCAAGUUGUCAUAAGUACGUAUGUCACUCAAACAGAACACUUAGUUUUUACUUCAAAAAUGCAACUGUUCAUUGUCCUAAAAAAGGUGAAGUACAUUUUAAAGUAACUGAUGGAAGAACUUGGCUUCAAGGUACUCUACAUUGUCCUAAUCCCAAGAGAUUCUGUAAGUGA